AUGUUUGAUAUUCGCCUGAGGCGCGUCAAAGACCAUAUAUUCCGGCCAGCAGUCCAAUUCAUUCCACAGGCUGUCACUCCGGGCCGCCUCACUUUUGGCGCCUUCGCUGCUGGUCUUGCGGCAUGCAUGUGUGCGGCAUCUGCACAUUCACAGCUCCCAUCUUGCGCGGUGUAUCUCUGGUUGCUCAACCGUGUGUUGGAUUGUCUAGACGGGGCAGUUGCACGAGCACGAACUCAAACCUCGGAUUCCGGAGGAUUCCUGGACCUGCUAUCAGAUUUCAUCAUAUACUCGUUGAUCCCGAUCAGCAUCGCAUAUGGUCUCGUACAGCGUGGAAUGGUCGCCGAACCCGUCACUAAUCUGUGGCUAUCGGUUUCCCUACUUGAGGCGAGCUUCCACUUGAAUAAUUUCGUCUUAUUCUACCUCGCUGCGGUAUCUUCACAGAAGGGCCGCGAUGAAUUGACCUCAGUGACCAUGAAACCCGCCCUCAUCGAGGGGUUUGAGAGUGGUGUCAUCUUUACAUUGAUGCUGGCGUUCCCGGGUGCCCUGCAAAGUCUCAGCUGGGCCAUGGCGUUUGGUGUUUGCUUUGGGAUCGUAACCAGGGUUUGGCAGAUCACGGACGUCUUCUCGGUAAUGAAGCAGAAGGCAAGUCUUGUUAAAGAGCCCUAG